AUGCCUUCAACAUAUGGAUUUAUUUCUCUAAUACUAAUAACUAUAUCAAUAACAAUAUAUGCAAAAAAUUAUAGUGCAGUGCAACGAAACCGAAUAAAAAUAACAAAACGUUAUCGAAAUCAUAUAUUAACACGACCAUCAAUGAACAAUCUUAGUCAAACAACAGUUGCUGUUGGUUUAGGAAUAAUUGAAGUAGCAGGUAUUGAUCCACAAAAACAGGUUAUAACAUUAAAUGUUAAUUUUGAAUACAAAUGGUGUGAUGAACUUUUACAAUGGAAUAUAAGUGAACAACCAUGUAUUAGACAAAAUCGUUCAGAAAUAUUCUUUACUGCACAAGAAAUCUGGACACCAGAUAUAAUUGCAAUAAAUGGACCAGGACCACUAAGAAAAGAAUCAAAACUUCAAUAUCCAAUAUCAGUUGUUUGUACAGGUCUUGCUUCAUGGUCACAUCAAGAAAAACUUGUAUCAUUUUGUGAAAUUGAUGUAUUAAAUUUUCCAUUUGAUCGUCAAUAUUGUUCUAUUCUACUUCAAUCAACGAUAUAUGAUUCGAGUCAAUUAAAAUUAAUUAGUUUGUAUAAUGUUGUACGUUUAUAUAAUUAUAUCAAUACGGAAUGGGAAAUUUCACAUACAACAAUUCAAGAAUUUGAUUUAUAUAAUACAAAUCAUAAACGUAAUUUUAGUACACUUCAAAUUAAAAUGGAACUUGUACGAUUUUCACGUUUUUAUGUAUUAAAAAUUAUAUUACCAUUUUGUAUUAUAUCAUCACUUGCUGUAUUUUCAUUUUGUUUACCAACAGAUAGUGGUGAAAAAAUAGCACUUACUCUCAGUAUUUUACUUUCAUUAAUUAUUUAUUUACAAUUGAUAUCUACUUAUGUUCCAAAAACAGAACGUGGUCUUUGUACAUUAACAUUGUAUUCCAAUGUAGUAUUUCUUCUUGUUUUUCUUUCAUGUAUAUUUAAUACAUUAACAAUAUUUAUUUAUUAUCAUGAACAAUAUUCUUAUCAACAUCAAAUUCCAAAACGUAAAAAAAAUAUUUUAGUUACAGUACAUAAAUCAUUAAUUGAAUUAAAUAAACAACGUUGGUUAUUUUUAAGAAAACGUCAAAAUAUUCAUGAAGGUUUACCUGAAAAUACAAAUAUGGAUGCCAUAGAAUUAUUACAUGAUAUACAAUAUUUUCGACAAUCACUAAUGAAUAUGUUUAUACGACGAAAUUCAAUAGUUACAACAACAGCAUUAUCAUCAUUUAAUUUUCGUCAUCCAUUAUUUUAUUCAGAAUCUCAAAGUAAAUGGUCUGCUAAACAAAUAGCUAUAUUAAUUGAUCAUGUUUUAUUUAUCAUUUAUCUUAUUUCUAUGCCAUUAACUAUAUUUAUUUUAUUUCAAUCAACAAAUCAAUCUCGUUUAGCAUCAUUAGCAAAAACAAAUAGUACAAAUCAAUUGCUUGAUAUACGUAAAUCUUCUACACUGCCAAUGGCACGUUUUCGUGGAUGUUAA